AUGUGUAAUUAUGAUUAUCCAAGUGCCGGAGAGGUAACCCAUGGGGGCCCUAUAACCGUAUUGCAAAGCCCGCCGGCUUCAACAAUUGGUGAUCGGUCUUCGGCACUUGAUACAGGUAGAGAUUACCAGUUAAGGAGCCAAGUCGGAUAUGCUUACACUGGUGACGACAACUAUAUGUCAAAAGUGCACGAGGAGCAGAUGGUCGAAGCCGACAGACAAUUUCAGCCUGGGAACUUUCAACGCAUCAUUCCUCUCCCUGAGGCUGCAAGGCAAGAACUCUGCAAUAUUUGCGCUAGGUUACCACAUCGACUAGUUACGCGAGAACUUAUCAAUAUUUAUUUUGUCGAAGCCAAUUGGUACUUUGCUAUACUAGAACAACAUUAUUUUGAGAAACUUUACAAUUCUUGGUGUUCUCUCAACGAUUCCUCAACAGAACAUGGCCAGGUUGCCGAUGUACCACCAGAUCUUCUCCAUUUCUCGGCGCUGAUAUUCCACGUUCUUUCUGUGUCUUUACAGUUCGUCUCGCCGGACAAGAAUUGUAGCCGUGCUCUAGGAGUGGAUAGUUUCAACGCGCGUGAUCAUCUUUCUAGCAAUUUCUCCACAAGCGGAGUCGAGAUCGCGCGCAUACUGGAAACGCUGGAUCCUACGAUUACUGCUGUGCAAAACGACCUUAUGCGGGCAUUGUGGUUGAAGAAUUGCAGUCGUGGAAGAGAAGCAUGGCAUGCACUAGGUGGUGCAAUCAGAAAAGCCCAAGAUCUUGGCCUCCAUCAGCAGAGCAAAGUUUAUCAAACACCACGGUCUACACUGGAGGAAACGCUCACCGAGCUGUGGUAUGAUGAGUACAAACGCAGGCUAUGGAUCAAGUUGUUCUCUUGGGACAGCCACAUGGCCUUUUCCCUAGGUCGACCACGCGCCAUCAACGUCAGUGACUGUACAAUCACUCCGCCGUUAGAUUGCGAUAUACCAGCCGACCCGUCAACCAGGAUACCGAUGACUUUAGCUCCACAUGAGCCUCCCUCAUCUUAUACACCACAUCUUUUCCAAUACGCCGUCUCUCAACAUUCUCAUGAGGUGAUGUCUUUGGGUGCCCACAAGAAGAAUUUCAUAGAUUAUGCCUUGAUCCAAAGCACCCACGACAGGAUUAUAUCGUUAUUGAGCGACCUUCCACCUGUUCAUCGACCGAUGAAUCCGGAUACGUCCUGGGACGCAAGUUACCCCCAUAUACCCAAACAACGUCAGCAAAUAUCGACCACCGCAAACUCGUUUCUCAUGGCAUUACAUACGCCACAUGCCAGAACACACACUGCUAGUCGACACGCUGCAACUCAAGCGGCUCUUGCUACGUUGGACGCGCAAGAACAGCUUUUUGAUCUCAUGGCCACUAGUUACUCUAGCAUCUAUGCUCUCUGUAUUUACACUCUUGGAGCCAGUAUAUUUCUGUGUGUCACAAUUCUAGAAUAUCCACCUGCAGAUAUGGGUAUACUACAUGGGAUCCUUCGUGCAAUCCGGAAGGCCAUUCAUCGCCUUGAACUGGCACAGGAGAGAGUCUCUUUGGCAGAGCCGGGCUCAAGACUCUUGAAACUUUGCUACCAGAAAAUGCAAGCAUCAGCGCAGGUUCGGUCCAGUUUGCAAGGCGCUGCUGCGUAUGGGGCAAAUCCCGUUGCUGCUGCUUCGUUCAUGCACGCCCCAUUUUCCGGCGGGGCCCACAUCGAAGAAUCUCCUGGCCAGCCUUCGGAGAUCCUUGCAUAUACCUCUGGGUCUGGCAUUUCAUUGCCUGACGACAUUCCGUUUGACAGCACAGUGAUGUUCGAAGAUAUCACUCAACCUCACUUCAAUAUGGAAGCAUGGGUACGGGAAUUAGACCAGGCUAACGACAUAGGAUGGUCCUCACUUCCAUAG